AUGCGGAACCUCUUCAGUACCCGACGCUCUACGGGGAUAGUCGUGGUCUCCGCCUGGGCCGUAUUCGCCUUUUUCUUCUACAUAUUUAUCUACAUCCCCAACCAGGAGAGUCUAAUCUCCUCCAUCAUGCAGAAGCUGGACAAGACGGUCACCGAACCCCAGACGCAGGCCGACCGGCAAAAGCUGCUGCAGCAGAAGAAGGAGGACGCCGAGGAGCAGCUGAGGCUUGCGGCGUCAAACUCCACGCUGGGCGUGCACUCGAUCCAGUUCCUGAACCUCCCGCAUCGCCACGACCGCUUCGACUCGGCCGCCAUCCAGUCCCUCCUUUCCGACCUCGAAAUCACAAACUUCCCCGCCGUCGUCGACACAGACAUCAAGGACCAGGGUCUACCCCCAACCAGCAAGCCCGGGCUGCUCAAGUCGUCCGAGAUUGGCUGCUGGCGCGCCCACGCAAACGUCUGGCAGUACCAGCUCCGGAAUCGCAUCCCUGCCCUGCUCAUCCUCGAGUCCGAUGCUGCCUGGGACGUCUACAUCCGGCAGCAGAUGGGCGUUCUGAACAAGCCGUUCCGCGAGCUGCUGGUCCAGGACAACCCGGACAUCCUUCGGCAGCCUACUUUCAACAACGAGACGUCGGCAGCAGAAGAACGCGAUGACAAGCGCGCCCGAACCCACGCCAAAGACAUCUACGAGAACUACGACGAAGAGAACCAGUACGUCGACCCCUUGCCCGCCGACCCGGAGGAUCCCUGGGCGGCGCGGACGGGGCUGUGGGACGUCCUGACCAUCGGGCACUGCUUCGACAGGCGCGACCCGGCGUCGACGUCCUUCCGGGUGUACGACGACCCCUGGGGCCCAAACAACGGGUUUCGCUUCAACGACAUCGGCAUGGACGAACCCCUGCAGCGGCAGCGGGUGGUGUACAGAGCAGGGGGCAUGGUGUGCACCACGGGCUACCUGAUCAGCCUGCGCGGGGCGGCCAAGCUCCUGAUCAGGACGAGCGUCAACCUAGACAUGCCGGUGGACCUGGCCAUGAACGAGAUGGCAAAGGCCGGGGAGCUCGUAGUUUACAGCGUGCAGCAGCGCAUCGUCGUGCAGUGGACCUACCGCAACGGGCUCGGCAUGAACGAGCGCGGCGCCCAGAGCGACAUUCACAACGAACAGUCAGAGGGCGAGUGGGACAUGAGCGGCUGGGAUGAGGCCUGGAAGACAAAGGACAUCUACGACUACAAGUGGUCGUAUUCAAACUCUGGCUUUGAGAACUUUGCUCUCAAGAAGGCUUGGGGAGUGGCAAUGAAUGAGUGGGACACGAUGCGCCGUUAG